GUGGAUGGCUUCUCAAAAUGACCUGACUACACACACCAAAAUAAGGAGUCCCCAAAACAAUCGCAUCUCAAUCCAUCAGCUUUGGCUUCUCAACAAAAGCAGAACGCCGAUCAACUCAUUGCCGUCGCUGGCCAUAACUACUGCUUCGCGUAGACGGAAGAGGAAGACUGGCCGGACUGACGAGAAGUAGGUUCAACUACCGGAGUGUUGCGAUGCCGAAGGAGGGAGCUUGUUCUCGUUCUUCCUUAUCCGCGGAUUUGUGGCAAAUCAUCCGUCAAAUUCGCUCCUCAACCGAAUUUCUAGGGUUCAUCGCAUUUCAAUCUGUUAAUAUAGCUAGCCAAAGUGGUAUUACCUUCACUUUUCAAUGAUUGUUUAAUUUUCAGCUAGAGUAAUCUUGUCAUUUGUUAAUACGGACUAGUAAAUUGAUCUAAUUGCCACUAUAGUAUCUAUGGCUCUUUCAUUUGUUGUGAGAUGGAUUGUCUUUUUACGGAUUUCUAUCCUGAUGUGUUUGUAUUCUUAAUAAUUUUAUAUAUAAAGUAUUUGACAUGUUUUGUCUUCCUUAUUUGAUAUAUAUGCAAUGGAGUAGUCAUAUCUAUCUAGUCUCCCAAAAUUCAUGGUUUAUUGAUUUAAUUAACAAAACAAAAUUAUACUCCGUAUUUAUUUUUCAUUAGUACCUUUAUAUUGGUUUAUACAUUAUAUAUCUCGUUGACUAAGCUUGAAGCAUCAAUAUUAUUUUCUUUAUGUAGGUCACCCUUCUCUCGAUUCAAUAGGAUAUCUAAUUAGGAUAGAUUGUUUUAAUAGAAUGACCACUUUUUGAAAUACUCAAAGAAGUAUUUAGCAGGAACAACCCAUAGAUACCUCUAUAUAGUAUAUAGAAACAAUUGAUUUCUUUAUUGUUUUUACUUAUUUAUGUUAAGUGGCAUGUUACUAGAGAAAGUCUCAGUGAUAUGAAUUUAACAUAGUUUCCCCCAAUUUUGGUCUGAACUUUUUUACUUGAAUUGGCUUUUGAGGUUAUUUUGUUGCUUUGAUUUGUCGGAAUCUAAUGUUUGUUGAUAAGAAUCUCUGUAUUUUUUGUGAUUUUCUAGUUAAGUUCUACAGUUAUAUGUUUUGUUGCUUUGAUAUGUCGGAGUCUAAUGUUUUUUGAUAAGAAUCUCUGUCCAGUUUUCCUCCACUUUCUUUUUAAAUCUUUUGGCAUCUUGACAUCUUCUUAAAUGCAUAACACCUCGUACUGUAAUAUUCAUUGAAACCAUGAUGAUGUGUGUGAAUGGGCAAUGUUUCAGGGACAACUACAACCGGGAGAGUAUUAAGCAUGUAAAAGCCUUCCACUGUGACUCCAAAAAAUGCUAUUCUUCAUGCUCUUGAUCUUGAGAGGCAGUUGGUGCAAAAGAAACUUAAAAGGCCAGGCAAACUAGUGAUCCCACAAGUGGUUUUGCUACUAUUGAGAAGGAUUUCCUAGAAGUUUAACGCCGAUGCUUGGUAAUAGAAAGGUAAUUUCUGAAUUAGGCCGGUUUCGCUUCUCUAAUAACAAAUUCUUUGUGAUUCAUAUAAACAGUUUACCGGCCUAUGGCCAAUAUUCAGUUUGGAUUAACCAAUGUUCAUGUGUGUGUUAUAGUUUUUAUUAUCUUAUAAUACAGGUUGAACACUUCUUGGGCAUAGAGAGGAAAUAUGAGCUGGGUGGGGGCUCUCUGCCUUGCAAAAGAAACCUAGAAAUUGAUUGGCUUGUGCUUGCAAUGUACUUUCUGUUAAAGCUAGAUUGGUUACAAGAAACUGGUGCUAAAUUCUAUAUUAUUAACUUGAAAGUCGUCCUGAAUCUUGUCUCUAAACUCUAUAUGGGAUGUAUAGUACGUAGUAUGACUUUUCUAGUAAGUCUGUGAUUUUUCAUUUCUCCAAAUUCUAGUAAACAGAGGGUUUGUGGACAUACUCUGAUGUUCAGCCUCAUCUUGAGGAUCCUUUGUGACAAGUUUUCUUCAUUUACACUUUCUAUGAUGAAUCACUUUAAAUAUUUACGGAGUAUGUUUUUUUUUAAUUUGCUUCAAAUAUCUAUUUUGGCUCUUUUUUUAUUUUUAACAAGAGAGUGUUAAGUUCUAUCCUACCCACAUUUUGCAGAUCAUUGGCGGUGAACCGGCCCCUACAAAAGAUAGAUCAUCAACCGAAAGUCAUCAACCAAAAGGAGCUACUUAGAGAUUUAGUAGAUUUAUUACAUUGUUGUCUUGUGACUUUUUACUCUAAUUUCCAUGUAUUGUAAACUUUGUUUUUAUGGAAUAUUUUAAAUAUAUUUAGUGACUUUCGAUAUGAAGUGAUUAUCCGGUCAACACAUUCUUCUUACUAA